AUCUUCACUGCUUCUUGUUACAAACUUGUCGUCACAUAGUUUUGCCUCAUUGUUUUUUCCCCACACAUGUUAGACAAAACAUAUUUGCUCUCUUACCUUUUCUUACCAUUACAACUUCAAGAGAGAGAAACAAGAGAGAGAAACAUACUUGCAGUAAGUUGGUAACAAAUCAAGAAUGGAUGCAAAAGAAGCAAGUUUUCGAGUUCUAAUGUUCCCAUGGUUAGCACACGGCCACAUAUUCCCGUUUCUCGAAUUAGCCAAGAAACUCUCCAAAUCAAACUUCCACAUCUACUUCUGCUCGACUCCAGUCAACCUCGAUUCCGUCACAAAACAUCUCAGCAACGACGUAGUUUCGAAUAUAGAGCUAGUGGAACUCCAUCUACCAUCUCUGCCGCAGCUUCCGCCGCAGUACCACACAACCAAAAACACACCGCCGCAUCUCAUGCCAACACUAAUGCACGCCUUCCAAAUGUCCAGCUCAUCGUUCUCCGACAUAAUAGGGGAUCUAAAACCCGAUUUGCUCAUCUACGACGGGUUUCAACCCUGGUCCGCGAAAUCCGCUUCUUCGAUUGGCAUCCCUUCCGUCAAUUUCGCCACUUCGAGCUGCACGACGAUUUCGUUUUUCCACCAUCUCCACACACACAAAACGUACGGCGAUUUCCCUUUCCCGUCAAUAUUCUUGAGGGAUUUCGAGAAAAGGAAUCUGAUUUCUCGAGGGGAAUCCAUUGAAGUUCAGGAUAAAGAAGAAGGGUUUGCUUUCGGGAUUUUCGAACUUUCUUGUGACAUUGUUUUGGUGAAGAGCUGCUGCAGAGAGAUUGAGGGAAAGUACAUGGAUUAUUUCUCCACUCUCUGUAACAAAAAAAUCGUCCCCGUGGGCCCACUCGUCACCGCCGCCGCCGCAGAUAAUGCUGACGUCAUCGACUGGCUGAGUGGAAAACCGCCGUUUUCAACGCUGUACAUUUCGUUCGGGAGCGAGAACUAUUUGUCGGGGAAGCAAAUGGAGGAGAUAGCAAAAGGGUUGUUGCUGGUUGGUGAAGCAAUCAACUUCAUAUGGGUGGUGAGAUCGCCGGGAGAAACUGCGGCGGAAGAGGGUGGUGGUUGUCUGCCGGAGGGGUUUUCGGCGGCCGUUGAAGGGAGGGGGUUGGUGUUGAAGGGGUGGGCCCCGCAGGCGGCGAUACUGGCGCACCCUAGCGUAGGGGGUUUCAUGAGCCACUGCGGGUGGAGUUCAGUGACGGAGAGUAUGUAUUUCGGGGUUCCGGUGGUGGCGGUGCCGCUGAAGCUGGACCAGCCGGUGAACUGCAGGAUGGCGGUGGAGGGCGGCGUGGCGGUGGAGGUGGGGAGGGAUGAAGUUAGUGGGGAGUUUAGCGGGGAAGGGGUGGCGGAAGCUGUAAGUGAGGUGAUGAUUGUUUCAGGGGAGAGGCUGAGGUACAGAGCUAGAGAGAUGAGUGAGAAGAUGAAGAUGGAGGAGAGAGAAGCUUCUUUUCAAGUUGCUGAUGAGCUGGCAAGAAUUUGUGCCAAGAAGGUAUCACCAUGAAUCAAGACAAUUUUUUUUUUCUUUUGAAAUUUAAUAAUUUAAUUGGGAUGAAGAAAUUAAUAGCAUGAACAUUAUGUUGAUUUAAUUGUUUAAAAAAAAUUUACAGUUAAACAGCGAUAAAUUAAUACUGGUGGAAUUAGGAAAA